CGCUGCUUGGCCGCGAAACGCUCACGAUCCUGAGAUGCGGUGGCGCACCUUGCUCGUCGUCGCGAUAUGCCCUGCGGUGGCGAUGGCGGCAGCUUGCAAGGGCGCCGUCGACUGCAGUAGCGCCGUGUGUGCGACCGGAAGCUGCCUCGCGACUGUUAUCGCUAUGUGCGCUGGCAACCCCGGCGACUGCAACGACAACAACGCCUGUACCAAGGAUACCUGCAUCAACGGUGUCUGCGCCUACAGUAGCCAGUGUUCGGCAUGCCGAGGCGACGUCGAGUGCAACGACGGCAAUGCCUGCACCGCCGACCUCUGCGUGGCUGGCUGGUGUGCCCACAGUGACACAUGUGGCGCCUGCCACGUCGGCGCCGCCGACUGCAACGACAACAACGCGUGCACCAAGGACGACUGCGUCAACGGCGUGUGCACGUACACCAAUCAAUGUGGCCCUUGUCGCGGCGACAUGGACUGCGACGACCACGAUCAAUGCACGAAUGACGUCUGCGUUUCGGGGUUCUGCGCUCACCGGGGGUCCUGCGCGGUCUGUGCCACCGAUGGCGCUUGCGACGACGGCGACGCCUGCACCCGCGACAGCUGCGUCAAUGGACGUUGCCGGCACAUCAACGUGUGCCAGGCCUGCAGGGUGGAUGCCACUUGCAACGACGACGAUGCGUCGACGACCGAUGUCUGCCUCUCAGGCUGGUGUGCUCACCGAGCCCGUAGUAUCUGCGCGUCCAACGCUAAUUGUGACGACGGCGACGCCUGCACGACCGACGUUUGCGCGAACGGCAGCUGCGUGCAUACCAACGGGUGCCAAGACUGUGCGACGGACGGCAACUGCAACGACAGCAAAGAUAGCACGCGCGAUGUGUGCGUGACGGGGUUCUGCCACCAUAUCCCGGUGGCGAAGGGCUGCAGCGUCGACGCCGCCUGCGACGACGGCAACGCCUGCACAAAGGACGUCUGCAGCAACGGGACUUGCAUCUACACCAACCACUGUGCGUCCUGCGAUUCGAAUCUGGACUGCAACGACGGUGAGAGUUGCACGGAGGACACGUGUCAGCGCGGCUGGUGUGCGCAUAGCAACAGUUGCGCGACUUGUACAAUGUCCAGCGACUGCGACGACGGCAACGAGUGCACAACGGACGCGUGUGGCGUCGACGGCACCUGCGCCUAUACCAACGUCUGCGGUCGUUGCAUCGGUGCGAAUGACUGCAACGACGGAGACGCGUGCACCGAUGACACAUGUGCCAAGGGGUGGUGCGACCACAGCGAUGCCUGUACGACGUGCUCGUCAGCGUCCGACUGCGACGACAACAACGUCUGCACCGGUGACGUCUGUGUCGGUGGGCGAUGCAGCCAUCUAAAUUUGUGCUCGUCGUGUGACGCCGACACGGACUGCCAAGACGAUCAAGUAACCACCGUAGACUUUUGUGCCGGCGGCUGGUGCACCCACCCAACUACCAUCGAUUGCACGGCCUCCGCCAACUGCAACGACGGCAAUGAGUGCACCUUAGACACCUGCUUAAACGGUCGCUGCAGCUACACCAACCAUUGCGUCGGGUGCCGAGCCGAUGCCAACUGUGACGACGGCGAUCCGAGAACCGCCGACAUGUGUCAGCGCGGGUGGUGUCGACACCGCGUCUUCGGGUCCUGCGUCGCUGCGACCGACUGCGACGACGGCAACCCGUGCUCCCAGGACACGUGUGUGGCCAAUCAAUGUGCAUACGACAACCUUUGUGGCGCCUGUGUGGCCGACAAUGCCUGCCACGACGACGACGCGACGACGGCGGACUUUUGUCUCAGUGGGUGGUGCGGGCACGCCAAUACGGCUGGCGUCUGUGCCACCGACCGCGACUGUAGCAACAAUGAUGCGUGCGCUCUCGGUGUUUGCAACGCGGUGACACACACGUGCAGCUACACUAACGCCUGCCCGCACUGCCGCAGUGACGGCGACUGCAACGACGGGACAUCGUCAACGACCAACGUGUGCAUUCGCGGCUGGUGCGCGCGUAGCAACGCCAACGCGCCGUGCGCUACCGACCCCGACUGCGACGACGGCAACCGGUGCACGGGCGAUCGGUGCCGCAACGGUGUGUGCGACUACGUCAACAUCUGCGGCGCAUGCAAGACCGACGUCACAUGCAAGGACGGGAACCCGUGUUCGGUUGACUACUGCGCCAACGGCUGGUGCGCGCACAGCAACAUUUGUGCGACGUGCGUUCAGGACAGCGACUGCGUUGACAACACCAACUGCACUGCGCAAGCGUGCGUGAGUGGCCUCUGCACCUACGUCAACGCCUGCAACACGUGCCGGAGCGACAGCGAGUGCUUUGACAGCGACGACUGCACGAUGGAUCUAUGUGUGGCCGGUGCCUGCGCCCAUCCCUACAGCUGCGCAACGUGUACAACCGAAACCGACUGCGACGACCACAACGCCUGCACCGAUGACGUCUGCGACGGCACCUGCUCGUACAUCAACCGUUGCAACUUUUGUGUCAACGACGCCUCGUGCAACGACGGCAACACGACAUCGGUCGACGUGUGCGCCAACAACUGGUGUCUGCACCGGAGCGCUCAAGUCGCCUGCAGCGAUGCUGCCGACUGCGACGACGGCGACCUUUGCACCCAAGAAACGUGCCACAAGGGGUACUGUGUCUACGCAAACAUCUGUGGCGCCUGCUCGACGGACGCUCAGUGCGACGACAAUAGCGCUUGUACGGCCGACAUGUGCACCACCGGGUGGUGCCAGCACUCGGGGACGUGCGCCAUCUGUACUUCGGUCGACGACUGCGACGACGACGACCCGUGCACGACCGACGCCUGCAGCGCCACCGGCCAAUGCGUCUACACCAACGUGUGCCAAAGCUGCUCGGUCGAUGCCAACUGCAACGAUGGUCGCCCGAAUACCCAAGACUCGUGCUCGUCCGGCCACUGCUAUCACUUGGAAGCCGAUUUAUGCACCGUGGACAGCGACUGCGACGACGGCUCGUCCUGUACGGUCGACGUGUGCGCCAACGGCCAGUGCUCGUAUGCGACGGUGCGCUGGGGCGCCUACUGCAACCAGCCCUGCGCCGUGGCCGGUUUCGACACGGCAUGCUUUGGCCUCAUCACAUGCGACAAGGCGACGGGAGAGCUGCCCGUCUGCUCGGGCUACUGCCUCGAUGGCUACUAUGGGCGCGACUGUUCUGCGACCAUUCCAAAAAUGGGCACCGGUGCGAUUGUACUGCAGGUGCGGCUUGCCGGUGCGAUAGCAUGCCCCGGGAGAAGCACCUUGUUCAACUUUGCAACUGCCCUUGAACUCACGGACGUUAAUAUGGCGCUUGCAAGCUGUGUGCUCGUAUCCACCGACUCGGCAAAUUCGAUUCUGUCGAGUGUCCCGGCCAAGCCGACUUCUAUUGUGCAGUACCCGCUGCCGACCGCCGCCGACAUUACGCUUGUUGUCUCGGGCGCCGAGAAUUUCAACGCGACGUACCAGUACUACCUCAGCGCGGUCGCAAGCGGGCGACUCGCGUCGGCCUUCCACGUCACCAAAGCCAUCGAGCUCAAUGGCGCCGUGGCGUAUGAUAGUAAUGGCACUCGGAUCACGCUGGUGGCGAAUCCCAUUACGUGGGCAAUGCUCGUUGGCUACUGCGUGCUCGCCGCAUUUUGCGGUGGCGUCUUUGUUUUGAUGGUGUGGCAGAUCUACCUCCGGUGUUGUCGCCGACGCCGUCUCGUGGCCAAGGAGAGAGUGACUCUUCUUGAGCAAAAGAUUGCUCCCAAGCACCGAGCCGGUCGAAUAUAAGUUGGCUUUGCGUUCUCCUAGCUAGCUAGCUAUUCGAUCCCGACCGGGCAUCCCAAUGUGGCAAUUUGCUCUUUAAUAUUUAAAGAGCAGUGCUUUUUACUAUG